ACAAUGUUCCCUUUUACUUUGUGUAGCCCCAUGUCAUUUACCAGCGCGUUUAAUAAACGCCAUCAACACUAUCGCGAGCCAAAGCUGCUCAUCGAUACAGUUAACGGGUGUUUUAUGUCGCAAAAUCUUUUAAGCAAAGAAAAAAAAUCUGCGUUUUAAAAAAAAUAUAUAUAUCGAGUGAUUUUGUGAGUUGAUAAAGUCGCGGUUGUGGGAGGAGAGCGUUUACAUUCCUAGUGCCCGUAAAGAGCUCCGUCAGAAUGAAAGCGAUCUCCACACCGUUUCCAUCAGAAGACGACACAUCUGGAGGACAUCAUCGCCGCUGCUGCUGCUGCAUUCGGGGUUAUGUAGAAACAACAGCAGUCCGCAAAAAUGACUCUCUUGUUGAUUUUCAGAAGCGAUGCACUUCUUCAGUGGAUUUGGGACUUCAUAUAUGCGGAGCGUCAUGUGUUCCUCAUGUCACCCCACAUUACCGUUUGCGCAGCUUUCAGCACGCAUCUCAUCUUCUCUGCUCUCUUCAUGCUUCUGGACGUGUUGAGUCCGCACGUGGGAUGGCUCCAUAAGUAUAGGAUACGCCGUGAAGUCGUUGGCUUGCAUCAGUGGUUUCGAUGUGCCGCUCGAAUUUUAUGGAAAUACAUAGUUGGCGUUUUGCCAUUAACUGCGCUGUUUCUAUCGGUACGGCGCGCGCAUUUCCCGGAGAGGGCACCGUCUUGUUUCCAUGCCUUCAAGGAAUGUGUCUCAUGCAUGCUCGUAUUCGAUACACUGUUCUUCAUUUGUCAUUACACCAUUCACAAAAUUCCCUGGCUGUACCACAGUGUACACCACCUUCACCAUCAGAACAGAGACACUUUUGCUCUGGCAGCUCAAGACUCCAGUAUUUCUGAACUGCUGUUUCUUCAAACUCUUGCAUUUAUAAGCGCCAUGCUGGUAGGCUGCCACCCGUUUAGCGAAAUGCUUUUCCAUCUGGUUAACACGUGGAUGGCCGUGGAGGACCACUGUGGAUAUGACUUUCCUUGGGCCCUGCACCGGUUGUUGCCGUGCUUUGGCGGUUCGCCGCACCACCUGGCCCACCACCAGCACUUUAAAGGGAACUUCGCACCUUAUUUUAGACACUGGGAUUACAUCUUUGGCACCUCAUUGCACAUUCCGGUAAAUGUGAGAGGCAACAGAUAGGGGGAAUCAAGGUUAAUUGAGCCAAACAUUGUACAUAAAAGACAAUAAAGAUUUUGAAUUCAUUUGAGAAGUGAGACUUAAAAGUGUCCCGUUGUAUCUGCUUUCACCUUAUAUGAACUUGCAUAUGAUAACCCAGUUUUUGUAAAGCCAUCUUUUAUGUACAAUGGAACUGAAUGGCUUAAUUCGUUGCACUAAACUCCGCUCAUUUGUAAAUGUACGUAUUCAUUGUACUUAUAGAUAUGUAUGAACAGAAUUUACAAAUGGAUUUGUUCAUUUCUGUUUAUACAUAUCUAUUUGUGAAUUCUAGAUUAUGGUUAAUAGCAACCUUUGCCUUAUACAUGUGUAAUGAGCUGAAUCUAAUCCGUACUAAUUCUGCUUAUAAUAAUCAGAAAACGUAGAUUUUGUACUCGGCUUAGAAGUCAAUGUAUAUUUUUGAAUACUUGUUAUUUGCCGGUGUUUUCAUGUUGUAUAUUUAACAUAAUUUUUUUGUUUUGUUAAGAUAUACAUGUUACUAACAUAACUUUUAAACAUGUUUUGUACUGUCUGAGACAGUAAAAUAUAUUUC